GCUUUCCUUUUUUAUUUUUUUUCCGUGUGUUCACUUCCGGGUCCGGCGCCGAUCCGGAUGCCCGAGGCAGAAGGAUGUUUGACCUCCGGAUAAGCGAGGCGCCGCUGUGCAUUCAUUCCCGGCUGCAUCGGUGGCGACAGCAGCGACCCGGGCGGCGACUCUCCGGCCAGAGGCGGCGGUAGGAGGCACCGGCAGUAGUGCGGGGACCGAGUCCGAGCCGAGCUGCGUUCCUUCCCUCGCUCGUUCCUUCCCCCCCUACCUCGCUCGUUCCCUCCCUGCGUGGCUCGCUUUCCUCCUCCGGUCGCCGGCGGGUGUGAUGUGCCGCCGCCGCUGCCCCCGCCGCCGCUGACUGACGGAGCAGGGGGCGCCGCCCGCGCCCGGGACCGACCCCGCAGCUCGCGGCCGCGCCUCUGAGCUCUCUAUCAAUAUCAACUUCCAUCAUUGAAAGGAUAACUUUGAAGACAUGUUUUGCUGAAAAGACAACUGAGAAAAAUUUUACGAAUGGGAUGAACACGCGCCAGUUAACAGACUACCUACUACAAUUUGAAUGUUAACAAUUACCCACCUGGUACAGUUAACCUAGUGAUGUACCUGUUCUCACAACACCCUAUUUCAGUGUGCUUGUCUUGAUUAACGAAUUCAAAGUGGAGUACCGCAAACUUGAUAUGGAUAAUAAAAAGAAAGACAAGGACAAAUCUGAUGAUAGAAUGGCACGACCUAGUGGUCGGUCGGGACACAAUACUCGAGGAACUGGGUCUUCAUCUUCUGGAGUUUUAAUGGUUGGACCUAACUUUAGAGUUGGAAAAAAAAUUGGAUGUGGCAAUUUUGGAGAAUUACGAUUAGGGAAAAAUUUAUAUACAAAUGAAUAUGUGGCAAUUAAACUGGAGCCCAUGAAAUCCAGAGCACCACAGCUACAUUUGGAAUACAGAUUCUACAAGCAGUUAGGAUCUGGAGAUGGUAUACCUCAAGUUUACUAUUUUGGCCCUUGUGGUAAAUACAACGCCAUGGUGCUCGAACUGCUCGGACCCAGUUUGGAAGACUUGUUUGACCUGUGUGACAGGACGUUUUCUCUGAAGACCGUUCUCAUGAUCGCUAUCCAGCUGAUUUCUCGCAUGGAGUAUGUCCAUUCAAAGAACUUGAUAUACAGAGAUGUAAAACCUGAGAACUUCUUAAUAGGACGACCAGGAAACAAAACCCAGCAAGUUAUUCAUAUUAUAGAUUUUGGUUUGGCAAAGGAAUAUAUCGAUCCGGAGACAAAGAAACACAUACCGUACAGAGAACACAAGAGCCUUACAGGAACAGCUAGAUAUAUGAGCAUAAACACACACUUAGGAAAAGAACAAAGUAGAAGAGAUGACUUAGAAGCUUUAGGUCAUAUGUUCAUGUAUUUUCUGAGGGGCAGUCUUCCUUGGCAAGGUUUAAAGGCUGACACAUUAAAAGAGAGGUAUCAGAAAAUUGGAGAUACAAAACGAGCCACACCAAUAGAAGUGCUAUGUGAAAAUUUUCCAGAAGAAAUGGCAACAUAUCUUCGUUAUGUAAGAAGACUAGAUUUUUUUGAAAAACCAGAUUAUGACUACCUAAGAAAACUUUUUACUGACUUAUUUGAUCGAAAAGGAUAUAUGUUUGAUUAUGAAUAUGACUGGAUUGGUAAACAGUUGCCAACUCCGGUGGGCGCAGUCCCACAGGAUCCCGCUCUGUCGUCAAACAGAGAAGCACAUCCACACCGGGACAAGAUGCAGCCAUCCAAAAAUCAGGUUGUAAGUUCGACAAAUGGAGAGUUAAACACAGAUGACCCCACCGCGGGACGUUCAAAUGCACCCAUCACAGCCCCUACGGAAGUAGAAGUGAUGGAUGAAACCAACUGCCAGAAAGUGUUGAACAUGUGGUGCUGCUGUUUCUUCAAACGAAGGAAAAGGAAAACCAUACAGCGUCACAAAUGACUCUGGACACAGACAGAUCACGGGGAGUUACUUAUGCGCUCGUCCGCCGUCUUGUGAUGAAAAUCAUCUCCGUAGUGACCACGUGCGUUUCCGAGGACUCACUCCUAGAAACAAAAAUGUCAUACUCUCAUACUUCAUUUUGUGGUUGUCUUACAUUCAUAUGGUUUUGUUUUGUUUUGUUUUGUUUUGUUUUCUAAUUUAACUUUCACGGAAGCUUUAAAGUUUUGUCAGCACCCGAGUGCUUUGCCCGUCAGUGAACGGAGCGGACCAGUGAGGUGGUGUCGAUGCCUGGCAUCCCAAGGACAUGUUUUCAGAAGCUCCCCUCCUGUUGUAGAAAGCAGCAUAGCAUCUUCCGUGUCAGCCAGUUAUAUACCUGAUGUGGUUUUUGAUGACUUUCUGUAAGAGCAUAAGCAAACAGGAAGCCCCCCCCCCAGUGGAUAAUGCGGCAGAGAAGGCCCCGUUGCCUCAGCGCGUAAAAGAAGUUACUUUACGAGCCGUUCAUUUCUUGUGUGACAUCUGCAUCGAUUUCAGUGCUCCCGAUGGUACUGCUGUCCGUGAGUCAUGUUCACGUUCUCUCUGUGAAAUCGUGGUACAGUCACUGCCCAGAGGUACCGAGGAAGAAGCUCUCGGGGCGCGGCCGAGGGCGGCACUAGAACAGAACCGCGGGUCAUGCGGCGAAUACAAGCUCCGCUUCUGUCGCACCAGUUCGUGAAGCUCAGUGUUGCUGAAGUGGCAAAAGCGCUUUUCUUAGGGGGAAAAAAAAGCAAAAUAUUUGUAUGAUGUAACUUUAUGCUUCCAGGUAAUACUGUAUGUUAGACAGCAAGAAAUGAAUACUCUGAGAAAUGAAAUAUGUUGGUUUUUUUUUUUGUUUUGUUUUUUGAUUUUUAAAUACACUAAGGAGAAGAAACAAAUGUGAAUCCCAUCGCGAUGUAUAAGGUCGAAGUCUGAGGAGAGAGCCCCCUGAAGCCUACUGCUGAAUGAUCACACUCUCCCUUAAGCAGAAAACGUCGAUGUGCCAUGCAGUGGUGUCUGGUGAUUAAUCAUUUGCUCUUUGAUUUAAAAAAAAAAAAAAAGACCCCUCCACCCCCAGCAAUAAAGACUGGGUCACUCUGUUGCCCUCUGUGCACAUUAGCCUCUUGUAUUCAACUUUGCUGGUUCUCUGGAAUUUUCCUACCUUUUAGUAUAAUUUUGAUGACGGAAAAUUAUUUUGGAAAGGAUGGGUCAGGUGCUUUGCCUCCAGUCUGUUGAAGUGCCUGCAUAUGAACAGAGUAAUAGUUCUGUACACACAGGAAGUCCAUUCCACUGUUUUACGUGUGCUUUGUGUGAAGCCAUAAAGAUCACAAGUGUAUUUGGUCCCAGUCUGCCAGCCAGAAUUUUCGAGCAGAGUUAAAAGAGAAAGACUGGCUAGAGAGAGAAUUAUGUGUUUCAGAUCCUCACACUCGCCUUCCAUUGAUGGCAUUGUUACUUACCCUUUCCACGCAGCCCUUUCCUUUGUCUGUAAGCAGCAUGCCUUCCGGCGUGCUUAUUUAUUUUUAUUGUCUCAAGGUAUCAUUUAAACUGCGUAAUUAAAGUGAAUAAAUUACA